UGCUCAUCAAAACCAAAAGCAACAGAGUUUUUUCUGGUUGAGGAUAAUUCGUUUAUUCCGCAAUCGACUAUUUGAAUAUCUGGAUUUUCGCUUCGCAGAAGGAAAAAUCACACCAAAAUUCGGAAAUGGGAACGUCAAGUUGUCAAACAUUUCUGGCAUUCAUCCUAAAAUGCCUGAAUUUUCUUCAGGCGUUUGUUGGUGUUGCAAUGGUUAUAUACUCAGCCUAUAUGCUCAGCCAAUGGCAGCACCGGGGGGAUGAAUUUCCUCCGCCUGCUCCGUCGCAUGAUGUGUCUGGAAUUCAUUUAUCGGCUGAUGUCGUCAAUCAUCUGAAUUUGGCAUUGGGCGACAAUGCGCUCCAUGUCAAUUUCCACUCCCUCCCAGCUCCGUGGUUUAUAUAUGCGUUUAUGGGAAUUGGAGUUAUAAUAUGUUGUAUAACUUGUAUUGGAAACAUAGCGGCGGAAUCGAUCAAUGGCUGUUGCCUUUGCUCUUAUGCUUUAUUGACUACUGUAUUUCUUCUACUGGAAGUGGGUUUGGUGGCUUUAGUUGCAUUUGAUCGCCACUGGAAAAAGGAUCUCCCUUUUGACCCCACUGGAGAACUUGACAAUCUGAUGGCCUUCAUUGAGGACAACAUGGAUAUCCUUAAGUGGGUUGGCAUUGCUAUUCUUAUAAUACAGGCGUUAUCCCUACUUUUUGCAACAAUACUCAGAUCCAUGGUUUCAAGUCGGGAUGUAGAUGACGACAUUGAAGCAGAGUAUGAUUAUAGUUCGAGGGAGCCACUGCUUAUUCCUCGUCCAAGCCAGGCAUGUGGGUCACCUAGAGGUGAUUCUGACAUUUGGAGUUCAAGAAUGAGACAGAAGUAUGGGUUAAACACUGGUGACUCCAAAGCACAGUUUAUUGAAUCAAAACCCGUCAACUGAUGUGAAGCAACGAAGUAACUGAAGGCAUGAUAUGGAACAAACAAAGAGCAGCAGCAUUUCUCAAUGAGUGAAGUUCCUUCUUUCUCCAGUUUAACAAGAUGGAUGUGCACAGUCUCCAAGCAAUUUUGUUCGCCAAAUUUCCAGGUAUACGUAUAUGUUGAUAAAAGAAUAUUGGGAUGGAUAAUGUUGUAUAGGAAAAGACAAUAUUCCAGGUGUGCUAUACGGUUUGCUGUGAUUAUUUGGAAUCAAAAUGGAUUCUCAUAUUUGACUGAUAA